AUGCACCUAAGAAAGCAAUCGCUCUCCUACCUGAUCCCUGUCGAGCCCACGUGGUCUGCACAUGUGAGUAGUCUUCUAAUGCCACUAAAGAUGAAUAAACCAAAGUGUGUCAAAAAUGGAAUUUCAAGUGAACGGGACAAGGUAACUUCCGCGAAGGACGGAGACGAUGACGAGAAUAGUGAUGACUCGGAUAAACAAAUUGUUGUCGUCAACAGGUCAAUUAAGUCGAAAAUAUUUUUAGAUUCGAGCAAACCGGAAAAGGGGGAUAACAACUGCACCACCUAUGCGCGCAAUGCCAAGGGUCCUAUUAGCAAAGUGGCAACAAAAAAAAAAGCAAACUCAUGUGGUGAUGCCCCGCUAACGCAAAUAAUAAAAAAGGAUAAUAAUAGUAAUAAUAACAAGACGGGUAACCUUAUCAAGAUCGCUUUUACCUCUUCCCAAUUUAGAGUUGUGCAGAGCGGCCAUUCCACGGCUACACCUAAGCAUCAGAAAAUUGUGCACAAAUGCAAACAGAAAAACAACAUACGAGGAUCCCCCCAUGGAAAGAGAGAAUGUGUAGAUCAUGGGUUCUUCAACGAACUCAUGCAUAGCACCUGCGUAAAUAAGACGGAAGCCAUUAAUGAUACGGUGCGUGGUUAUCCUAGUGGGGGGGCCUCAAAUGAAGCAACACACGAAAGGGACCUGUAUGAUGCGAAGAUGAAAACAGUCGGUAAAAUCGGCAAAGACACCCAUUUUGAUAACGUGAAUGAGGAAACUCACUUGGAUUAUCUUCCUCCAUACCAUGAAAGGAUGUAUCCUUUGCAGGAACGACAAGGGCAUUCUGCUCAACACAAUAAAGUGGAAUAUCAUCCCUGGGUAGGCGAUACCCCUCAUGCAGCAGCAAACCCAAGUGCCCAUUUCUCACUGGUGGGUGAAGAGGUGGAAGAACAAGGAGAAGAAGAAGACGCUUCUAUGUGCUAUCCGAAUGACGAAGCCACCUCGCCUGUUAUCAAAUAUGACCAAUUUGAGCUGUACGAAAUAGACAGGGAACUCGAAAAAAUUACAGAGGAAGAAAAUAACAUACAAGAAAAGCUAAUUUAUUUGGCUAACCAAGAGCUCGACAUUGUUAUCAAGAUGAAGCAAAUGCGGGCCGCCAGGCUGCUCAGUCAGAAGGACGGACAAUCAGUCGAAUGGGAUAGGAGCAGUCACAAUGCGGAUAAGGGGUAG